ACGUCAGAGCCGAUCUUCCACAGGUGUCACAACCAGGUUAUUUCCACCACUGUCACUGAAGGGAGGAGGGUGAUUCCCGCUGCUCUGUCAACUUUUCUGAUCCAGCGUGUCCGUGGAAAGUUUCCUGAAGUUUUCCGUUCAUAAGAGGGAGGCCUCGGUCACGCAGCCGAUCUGCGGUUCUCUUUCCGGGCGCUGUGCGGGUUCUGAGCUCCGGUAUGGCGGCCGUGAAGGCUCUUCAGCAGUGGUGUCGGAUCCAAUGUGAGGGCUACCGAGAUGUGUCCAUCACCAACAUGACCACAUCCUUCAGGGACGGACUGGCUUUCUGUGCCCUCAUCCACAAAAACAGACCCGACCUCAUUAAUUUUGAUUCCCUGAAGAAAGAAGAUGUCUAUGAGAACAACAAGCUGGCCUUCAGUGUUGCAGAAGAACAACUAGGAAUUCCUGCUCUGCUGGACGCAGAAGACAUGGUGGCUCUUAGGGUUCCCGAUCGCCUCUCUAUCCUGACCUAUGUCUCUCAAUACUACAACUACUUCCAUGGACGCUCCCCUAUUGGUGGAAUGGCAGGUAUAAAGCGUCCAGCUGAGCCAGCCACCAAUGAACCUGCAGGCAAGAAGAACCAGGCGGUGACGGCUAAGGUGUUUCCUGGAUCUAAACCCGCCAGAGAGAACAGCCCUCCCCGCUCUGCGAUUAUUUCAAAGCCGUCUCCUUCACCUAAACAGAUCAGAAAUUCAACACAGGAUGCUCAUGUUGCAAAAUCUCACCAAGCAGGAACAUUAAGCAACAAAUGUGCCUCAUGUAACAAACAUGUCCACCUAGUACAGCGACAUCUAGUGGACGGAAAGCUCUAUCACAGGAACUGUGCAAAGUCGCUCUCAACGAACACAAGCUCUCCGUUUGGGGGGUUUUCCGCAAACACUCAUGUUUCUAAACCUGAUCCGAGCAAAUCCACUGCGGUCACUUCGGCUCAGACGCCGUCCAGACUUGGUCCGACAUGGCUGACUGAGAAGCCCAGCUCUUCUCCAAAUGGCUCCACUUCAUUUUCUACUUCCCCUUCCUCUCAUUCCGCCCGAGCUCCUAAUUCUGUUGUUAAAGAGAGCCCCUCAGUUUCUGUGUCCAAACCAGCUGCAUCAAGUGACUCUACCUUUACGAGCAGCAUCAGCACCAAGCCCACAGCUGCUCCUCAGACCUCUGUCAAUGCAACCAAGACAUGGGAGUCCAGGAUGAAGUUUUUAGAGUCGGAUACUAAGACAAAGGUAGAGGAAAAAAAUACAUCAGUUUUUAGCACAACUAUAAAUAAAGGUCAGACUACUGUUAAGGGACAGGAGGUGUCGCCAGGUCAGACUGUAACCAUGGUCAUCAAUGUAGGUAAAGAUGUAGGUAAAGGCAAGGGUGCAGCUAAAACAACCGCUGGUGGCAAAGUGGGCACAAACACUAAAGAGCAUGAUGAUAAAACAAAAGCAUCGGCGGCAGCUUUCAUCUCCAAGAAACUUACUGAGGAGAACAACAACAACAACAACAAACCAUCAUGGACAAAUGCUUCUCUCAGAAAAACUAGCAAAGCUCAGCCUCAAGAAGAAACACCGAAGAAGGAACUUGGGGCCGUCAGGGCGAAGGUGAAGCUGAAGCCAGAUCCGACUCUUCUGGCUGAUCUUCAGGUUCCAGAGCCUGAAAAACCAAAGGUCACCAGUUGGAUCAGUCGGACCAAAGAAAAGACACCAGAGAAGGGAAGCUUAACACCUCCCAAAACCUCACCCAACACUUCAGUGUCAGAAAACGAAUCUCCUGCAGACUGGAGGUCAAAACUCAAGCCUGUCUCCAAAGAAACAAAAUCAGCAAGUCCUUCACAGUCUUCCACUAAAUCGUGGAGUAUUGGAGCCCCCAAACCUUCAGAGCCCCAUGGUGGGUCUCCUGCAGGCAGCCCAAGCGUUUCUGUGUCUACACCAAAGGGAUUCCAGAAUGGCCCUAAAGAUCCAAUAAUGAAUGGCACAAAGAUGGAGUCAAAGGUCUCUAAGACAAAACCAGGUUACAUCCCCAAAGAGGACAUCAUCCGGGAGCUUAAGGAGAUUGAAGACAAUUUGAACGAACUGGAAAGGAGGGGAGUGGAGCUGGAGUUGAGGCUGCGCAAGAAAGAGGAAGAGGGCGACGACGACACUGUUAUGGACGAGCUUAUGGUUGAGUGGUUCACCUUGAUCAAAAACAAGCAGGUGGCCAUGCGUCGUGAGUCCGAGCUUGUUUACAUAGGAAGAACUCAGGAACUGGAAGAAGAGCAACCAAGUGUGGAGCAGGAGCUCAGAAGACUGAUGGACAAACCAGAACACUUGAAAACAAGUCGGGACAAACGGAGAGAACAGCAGCUCAUGGACAAACUGUUAGAGAUUGUCAACGACAGAAAUGCAAUAAUAGAUGGUCUGGAUGAAGACAGGCUGAGGGAGGAAGAGGAGGAUGAGGAGCUAAACAAGAUGAUGAUGAGUUUCAAUGUAAAUAAGGACAAAACCAAGAGAAAGUCUCAGAAAUUCAAAUUUUUCAGCUGGGGAGGCAAGAAGGAAGCAUGACUUUGAAACGCAAAGAGUCGUGUUUGCGUUAGAUGUUUCUGCUGCUUAGUGUGUUUGUGCUCAUCCUCUGGAUCACAGGACGACAACGAUGCUGCCUGCCUAUGUGGGCGGGAGAGAGAGAGAUAUUUAUCGAUGUCUGUUUCUUAAAAAGUGCCCCUCCUUCUGUCAGCUGCAUCAUUCAUGAUUUGCUUGUUAAAAAAAAAACAUGAACAUCAAGACAUACAAUUUUGGAGGGGUAAUGACUCCCUCAUCAUCUUGACAUUUACUCUGGCUCUCUGGUUGUUUAGUUAUGUCCUUUAUUAUUAAUCUGUCGAAUGUAUGCUUUUAUACAUUGGGUUUAUGACUUGUAAGUUCUUGCUUGCAUCAUGUAUUUAAAUGCACUUUGUAUACAUGAACACAAAAUUCUGAGGUCAGGCAGUGUUAAUUAGCUCAAGUUAGCAGUUUCUACAAAAAAAAAAUGCCAUUAAAGUGUCGCCCAAGGAUUUCUCUUAUUCUCCAUCACAGAAUAUCCUCCAUAGCCUCUAGCAUCCUGCUAAAGAUGAGCACUGGUAUCUUUAGCUAGCUCGCCAUGGAGACUUGUUCACACCAAGAUGUGACUUCUUGUUGCAGAUCUCUUAAGAGUGAUCUCUGAUUUAUUUAUUUAUUUUUUUUACCUUCUUUACCAUCUUCCUUGAUGUAAGGUUGAGCCUCAUUUAACAAAGUUUUGCUUAUUGAAAGCUUUUCAGUUAUUGCUCAGAUUUCUUUUUAUAUAUGUGCGAAUCUUGGUUAGUUUUUACUUUUACUCAUUUCCUGCAUUUCCUAAAUGAAAUGUUCACUUGUUUUCCCUGAUCUUUAAACAGAAUAGUGUUCUAUUUUAAAUAGAACACUAUUCUAUUUAAGGAUGGGGAUAGAAAUGGUGACACCUUUAUACCCCAGUUAACUGCUCUGAUCAAUACUGGUAAAAGUUGGGAAACCCGGGGCAAUUUAUGAUCUUGGAUUUUGACUUGAUUAAAUAAAUAUUCUAAGAUUUAAUUGUAAUAUAGAUUUUUUUUCAAUAUUUUAAUGCAUCGAUUUUUCUUUAGAAUCUUCAUGUCUAAUAGUUGUUUAGAAGGCUUUAUCACCACAGUGAUUUUUGAUUAAGUGUAAGAGUUUCAUUCAAAGCCAUAACCACCAAAAUAGCAGUAUGAAAUAUGUUCAUAAGGUGUAAACUUAAAACUAUUAAUUUCAUCUUUCUGGUGAUCAUCUGUGAGGAAAUGUGUGCGGUUUAUGGCUGCUGCAUCAAUAAAAAGCUUGAGGUAUGUGUAUUGUGACCUUUACAGAGUGUAAUUACAGAUAUUUCAUUAACGAGCGUUUGUGAGUUAGGAGAGCACCAGAUGUGGUCCACAUUGGACCUUUAAAUGUGUAUGUUUGUAAUAUGUUCAUCCUGUAUUAACUGUAUAGUAUCAUAAAUAAAUUUUUGUUUUUUA